AUGGCGUCAACCACAGACAAAUCAACUUCAGCCAAGCGGUUCGAGCUCCCCAAGCUCAACUUCGACUUCUCCUCCCUUACCGACGGCACCGACAUCCCCCCUCCUCCCGAAAGCCCCGUCGAGAAGGUACCAACGCUGCCGAAGACCCCUACCGCCGCGGGCAAGAAGCAAGGCGACGCGGCAAAGGACAAUAACAAGGCCAAUGGCGCGACGGGCGGUUCUCAAGCCGCCAACGGGUCAUCAGUUUCCGGUACGGAACGACAAGCUGACGAGGCCCCGCCUCUCUCCCCAGCACCCUCCAGCCGAGCAGGCAGCAUACGCCGUUUCCUCAGCACCAGUUUACUGAACCAUUCCUACGCAGAAAGCGAGACACAAUCCACCAACGGCGGCGGCGGUCGCCCCGUCAGCCGCAGCGACGGGAGCGUCCUCGACGAGAAGAAGGCGAAGAGGAGCAGCGGCUUCUUCCGGAGGCUGAGGACCGGCGACGCGGCGAAACGGAGCAGCACCGUCUACGAGGACCCCGCCAGGAGCCAGAGCAAGCCCGAGAUUCGCGGCCCGCCGGCUCCCAUGAUCCCCGAGCUGAGCGCUCUCCAGUCAAAGCUGGAUGUCAACGACAGCGGCAGUCUCGGCGACGAUCUGUUCAAAGAUAUCAAGUAA